AUGGCGUCGCGGCCGAAUCACAUCGACCUGAGGGCGACCUCUUCGGCUUCCAUGGCCACCAGCAUCUCCCGUCCGCUUAGGUCGCCGCGAUUGCAUGUUGCUGGAGACGUUCCUCCUGCAUUGUCACCCCUCGAUGCGUUCGCCGCCCAGAGUCGACUGCUCGCGAAGCAGCUGGAGCAGAGCUCCAAAACAGGCAGGAGGAUGAGCCGACUGCCACCGCUAACUACAGAAAGCCCCUUGGUUGUUCAGGGCCGAUCAGAGUACUUCCGGUCCUUGUCGCACGACUCUGCGGAGGAAAUGGGAGAACAUGGCGGACAUGGUGAAUUCAACGAGGGAAACACAGGACUUGGUCUGACUGCUGAGGUCGAAUCGCCCUCAGAGAUGGAACGACCAAGGUCGAUGCACCCGCGCAUGAGUCGAAUCCCUGCGACUCCCGACGAGUCGAUUCCUGUUCCUCCCAAUCCUUUUCUUGCUACUAAUGGAGAACAACUGGACCAACUAGAUGACAAUGAGGGCUUUUUUGGAGCACGAAGAGACUAUUCUCCGCCAGACUUGGACCAUUUGACCAACGGAGCAACAGUACGCAGGUCGAUAGACGACGACGACCCGAACCCCCGGGAGUCAGCUCUAUGGGAAGACCACAUAUCUGUGGACCAUCCUCCGUCUCCCGCAGGCGAGAAACUUAGCCGACAGGUUUCGCAUGAUUCUGGACUUGCUCCUCCUCGGUCAACAUUCCCCAAACGUUCUUCAAGCAUCAUGUCUGCCCCAGUAGAAUAUCACGACGACGAAGCCACAGAUGCUUCCUUCUACUCACAACCACCACGAAAGAUGUCUGGCGGCAGUGCAUACUCAGGACCAGCACUUGUUUCUCCGGCCUUUCCAAACAAGAAUUAUCAAAGAUCUCCCUCUAUCAGCUCUGUAGCAUCCCUACCGCGUCCCUCGUUCAAUUUCUCUAGACCUCUGAGUCGGGCAGGAACCCCCAGUCUUGACAUGCCGUCUCGACAAGCAUCUUCGGAUAGCCAUCCGUCUUUCGUACUGGCAGAUGACACCGCUCAUACACCUGUGAGCAUGCAUAGCGAAGCCUUUCCGGACAUUGGUAUCGCAGAUGAUGGGCAAGGUGCACCAUCAUACAUCUAUUCCAAGUACUCGUUGCCGAGAGGCAAGGCCUUGCAACGAGGAUCUUUGUUAUUCAAUCCAGACGAUGUCGCCCAGUUUACCUGGGAGCAACAAAUGGUGCCCCCGAGCAACGUGCAGUCUUUUGCGCGAGGUGGACAAGCUCCACCGUCUCCCCCUUCAAGGCCUUCAAGCUCAUCUUCACGCCUCCUGGAUACUGCACAGGGAGCUGACUCACUCCUUAGACCAUCGCUCGAAAGGAGUAAGUUGUCUAACGAAGUUUCCGUGACCGGAGAGCCAUCUCCAGGUUUCAGUCGACCAUCGACAGAAGCAGACAGCCGGCUUUCAGAGGAUGUACCUAGAGGGCGUCCGCUGACGUCGCCAGUGCAUGACCAAGAUCGCGGUCGAACUCCUAUGUCAACGUCGACUAGUGAUUCGGCAAGUACCAUCAGACCAGCCAGGUCUCUCGCGCCAACCGCAGCCGAGAUGAGUGCCGAAGAACAUCUGACAAAGGGAAUCAAAUGUCAUGAGGAAGGCUCCGUCAAAGAAUCGACUUACCACCUGCGACUAGCUGCUCGAGGUGGCUCCUCAACAGGUAUGCUCUUGUAUGCGUUGGCCUGCAGACACGGAUGGGGUAUGCGACCAAAUCAAAAGGAGGGCGUUCAGUGGCUUCGAAAGGCAGCAGAAGGCGCAAGCUUGGAAAUCGCAGAGGACGAGGGACACGUCAAGGAUGGCAAAACGGUUGAUCCUACAGAGCGUAAGACUCGCAAGGCACAGUUUGCCCUGAGCAUCUACGAACUUGGCGUGAGCCACAUGAACGGCUGGGGUAUCGAGCAGGAUAAAUCACUUGCUCUACGAUGCUUUGAGAUCGCUGGCAAUUGGGGCGACGUUGAUGCUCUUGCUGAGGCUGGCUUUUGCUACGCCCAAGGGGUCGGUUGCAAGAAGGAUCUCAUGAAGAGUGCCAAGUUCUAUAGAAUGGCUGAAGCCAAGGGUAUGAGCAUGCCUGGCAACAGCUGGAUCCACAAGGCGAAAUACAGCGACGACGCUAGCAGUGUCAAGUCUAAGCAAGGCCGAAGUAAAUCGAGAGCCCGUGGUAAGAGUCUGUUUGGCAAGAGGGCCAAGGAAACACAAGAGGCUCUCCCUUGA